GAUUGCAAGCCACAAAGCUACUCUAUGCUUUUAAAAUCCUUUGGAGAUAACUUUCAGAGCGAUCCAACCACACAAAAGCUCGAAGAUCUUCUCUCUCGCCUAGAACAAGAACGUCUCAAGAUCGAUGCCUUCAAACGCGAGCUUCCCCUUUGCAUGCAACUCCUUAACAAUGCUGUGGAAGUUUACAAACAACAACUAGAAGCAUAUAGAGCAAAUAGUAAUAACAAUAACCAAAGUGUUGCCACAAGACCAGUUCUCGAAGAGUUCAUACCCCUAAGGAACCAACCUGAAAAAACAAACAACAAAGGAAGUAAUUGGAUGACGACUGCUCAGCUUUGGAGCCAAUCCGAAACCAAACCAAAAAACAUUGAUUCAACUACUGAUCAAUCUCUUCCCAAAGACGAGAUUACUAGUAGUCCGAAACUCGGACAUUUUGAUGCAAAACAAAGAAAUGGCAGCGGUGCUUUUCUUCCCUUCUCUAAGGAACAAUCUUUGCCUGAAUUAGCUCUAUCUACGGAGGUCAAGAGGGUGUCUCCGACCAACGAGCAUACUAAUGGCCAAGACGGUAAUGAUGAGAGCAUGAUCAACAAUGAUAAUAACAAUAACAAUAAUAAUAACAAUUCAAACAGAAAUGGAGUUUCUUCUACAACAAGUCAAAGUAAUAGAAAGGCACGACGUUGCUGGUCUCCGGACUUGCAUCGGAGAUUUGUCCAAGCUCUUCAAAUGCUUGGUGGUUCGCAAGUGGCUACACCGAAACAAAUAAGGGAACUUAUGAAAGUUGAUGGCCUGACCAAUGAUGAAGUCAAAAGCCAUCUCCAGAAGUAUAGGCUUCACACUAGAAGACCAAGCCCAAGCCCACAAACAUCAGGUGGACCAGGUCCACAUUUGGUGGUCCUAGGUGGCAUAUGGGUUCCACCGGAGUACACUACCGCACAUGGUGGCACUCCGACUCUCUACCACCACCAAGUUCACCACCACCACACCACCACGGCAGGGCCGCCUCCACCACACUUUUGCUCCUCUCAAGAAUUCUACACAACCCCGCCGCCUCCGCAGCAGCUCCACCACCACCACUUUCAAACCUUUAACGGCUCAUCCGGUGGGGCCGCCUCCACCGAUUCAACUCAUCAUCAGUUAACGGACAGUGCCACCGAAGAAGGAAAGUCUUCGGAGAGUGGUGGCGGAGAGAGAAAAGGAUUGGCUGCUCUUAGGGAUGAAGUUAAAAACUUGCUUUGGUCCAUCAUGAGAUUGCUUCUUGGUCUCUUGUUUCUCUUGGCUUUAACCACCUACUCAAGUGCAACUUAUUGUCUAUGUAGAGAUGGUAUUGAAGAGAAAGAUCUUCAAACAUCAAUAGACUAUGCAUGUGGAGUUUUAAAAGAUUGUAAUCCAAUUCAUGACAAAGGUCCUUGUUAUCAACCAAACACUGUCAAGAGUCAUUGUGAUUGGGCGGUUAAUACUUAUUUCCAAAGAUCUGGUCAAAUCUCUGGAAGCUGUAAUUUCUCAGGAACUGCUACUACCAGUCAAAAUCCUCCUUCAACUGUGGUUACUGGUUGCAUUUAUCCUUCAAGUCCUGGAAGUGCAGGGACAACCCCGACGACCGGAACUCCUUCAGGAACACAACCGUUUCAGGGACCUCCUGCGUUUGGUCCGGUCGGAGUUUUUGACCCUUCAGGCAAUUGUGCAUCGAGUUUGUUCAUUUCAAUCGCUCUCACACUUGGUUUCUCCGUCAUUGCGUUUCUAUAAAAGGCUAGUGAUUAAGAACGUGAGGCUGACGUUUUUGAUGUACGGAUGAGAUAAUGCCACGUGUGAAUGCAAGUUCUUUGAGGCAGACAUCCAUUUAGUGGUUGGCUUUGUUGUUUAGGCUAUUUUUAUGUAAUGUAUGUAAGAAAUGAUUUAAUGGAAU